AGGUUGCUUAGCUUAGUUUUCAUGAACAUGAGCAAAUACCUACAGAUUUUCAUUAUAAUAUGCAAGAAUCUGUAAUAUGUUUUUUAAAAGUACGAACUAGAAAAUAGAUUAUCUAAACCAAUUGGAAAAAAGUUCAGAGUUACCAAGCUAGUUUCGUAAAAUGUGGAUAUUAGUAUCGUCUUAACGUUUGUUUUAUAAAUGCCCCAUAACCUAUUUCAAAAGCAAAACAAUGUUUAGCCGACUGUUGAAUCAAAAAUUAAUGCUAGGGACCGUUGCAAGACUGUCACCGAGUGUGUUAAUACCAAUUUUCGGAAGGAGAAACGAAAAUGAUAACGAUGAACUGAAUACAUCUAAUUCGUCACUUCCAAAGACGGGAUGGGAUAGAGUCAAGGCUAUGUACUAUAAAAAUGAGUUAGAUGAGAAUUCAGUUGAAUUGCACAAUGUAGCACAAGCAACUCUAACUGGACUGUUUGUUGGUGCAUGUUUAGGAGGCUUUGUCAAGUCGAGAGAAGCUUAUUUGUACUUUAUAGAAAAUAAUCAAGCUACUAUUUUUAAUUCAACUGUGCAAGCUAAGAAAAAAUUGCAGGACUAUGUAACAAUAGCAUUUGCUAAGGGUGCUUACCAUUGGGGAUGGAGACUAGGUGCAUUCACAGGAAUGUUUAGUUUAAUUUCUACAACAGUAUCUGUUUACCGGGAUGAAAGUUCUCUAUCAGAUUACAUCAUAGCAGGUUCACUGACAGGGGCAAUAUACAAAGCAAUGUUGGGGCCGGCCGCUAUGCUGGUUGGAGCUGCUUUAGGUGGAGUAUUGAGUGCUCUUGGUGGAAUUCUCAUAAUAAGUGUAAUCAAAAUGACUGGAGUGACUAUGAAUGAUGUUAGAAAUUCGAUGUACAAAUUUAGAGAAAUGAGGCAAGAGCAAUUGAAUCAAGCUAUCGAUAAAUCAUCGUCAGAAAAACACGACAACCUCACGAGACAUCACGACCAAAUCGUUGAAGAGAAAGGUGCAAAGAAUAUAGACCAGUUGUCUUAGCAGCAUAUGAUUAUUGGCUAAUGAUGCUUAUUCGGUUGUACACAAAUCUCAGAACUUAACUAAUUCGACAAGUAUAAUGCCACCCCUUUUCUCAAAGAUGAUUAUAUUAUUGUAAUUUAGUAAGGCUUAGAUAAAUUAUGCGAUAUUUAUGACAAGAUAGUACAUAGUCAUAUACAAACACUGGCAGAAAAGUGUUGCUUCAAUUUUAUAUUUUUUACAGCAGAACAAAAACAUACGUAAAUGGUUUACAUUUAAUUGUAAAACCUACCUUAUAAUAUGUACCGUACCAGAUAAUAAUGUUAACAGGGCUCUCUCCGUCACUUACUCCAUACAAUUGUAGUUCCAAUUUCAUUUGAAUAUUAAGCAACCUAAGUCCAUGAAAUUUUGCAGACAUAUUC